CGUUUCCUGGUUACUUGGUGGCUUCCUUGAGCCCAACUGUCAGCUGUCCGCCACAACAACAGCAGCUGCCGGGGUUUGUUGUAGGGAGAUUCUCAUGGCUGGGCGGACGUCGCGGUGAGCAAGCGACACAGCAAGGCGGACUAAAAGGCUGUGCACCUCUGUGCGGUGAAACAAAAGACUUGAGAUGUGGUGAAACUACAGGAAAGAAAAUGGAAGGCUGAGCAGAGCAGCUAGAGAAGGAACCUGACAAGAGGAAGUCCCCAGUGUGACCCAGAAUGGAGGAUUUGAGGCGGGCAUACCUGCGUUUGUGUAAGGAGGCGGGCGUGGAGCCCCAGGAGUCUGUUGUGGCGCAGCUUCAGGAGGCCAGAGGUGGUCAGAGUUCCAGGCUGGACCUGAGUGGACAGAGCCUGUCUGCAGAUACCUGCUCUGUGCUGGCCAGGCUCUUCCACAAAGACGCUGUCUUUACUGAGGUGUCGCUCAGUGACUGCAUGCUCAGCGAGGAAGGUGCCAAGAUACUCCUGACUGGACUGUUUGGCAACACAAAUGUUAAAGUUCUGGAUCUGAAGGGAAAUAACCUGAGAUCAGCGGGGGCUGAGGUGUUGGGGAAGUUGCUGGCACGAAACAAGACUCUGCGUAGGCUGGUGUUGGAGUGGAAUGCGUUGGGAAUGUGGGACGAGGCCUUCUCGCUCUUCUGUGAGGGCUUGGCCUCCAACAGUAUCCUGACCCAGCUAGACCUGCGCAAUAACCAGAUCAACCACCACGGGGCGUCGGAACUCGCUCUGGCACUCAAACGGAACAGCACCCUGCAAGUUCUAGAUCUGAGAUGGAACAACAUUGGUUUGCUGGGCGGCAGGUCUCUUGUGGAGGCUCUACAGCACAACAAGACCCUGGUACAGCUAGAGAUGGCAGGGAACAAUAUACCCAGUGACACACUGAAAGCACUUGAGCAGGCCAUAGAGCGUAACUCAGACAGACAGUCCACCCUGAGAGAGAGCCGCAGCAGGACCCAGGUCCUCAGCAAGGAGAUUCAGAUACUGAAGGAGGAGAAGGGACGGCAGUUCCUAAGCCUAAUGGACACCAUAGACCGGCAGAGGGAGGAGAUGGGACGUUCCAGCAGAUCAACUUCCAUUCAAGUGAGCCAACUCCAGGAAGCGCUGAAUGAGAGAAAGUCAGCUGUCAACUCACUCACUGCCAAAUUGCAGAUGGCAGAGGCCGCCCUUGCCCUUUCUGAGCAGAAAAACCACAACCUGGGAGAGCUGCUGGCUCGAGUGAAGACUGAGAAGGAUGAACAGAGAGAACGACAGAGCAGAGAGAGGAAGAAAGAGCAAGAGGAAAGUGUGCUCAGAGAGGGCAAGCUCCUCAGGGAGAUCCAAAACAUGACGGAAACCAACGUGCAGCUCAGAAAUAAGGUGGAGGAGAUGGAGCGCAGGUGUAAGUCUCAGCAGCAGCAGAUCUUUGACCUGAAGCAGGAACUGACCAACAGCACAGCCGAGCUCAAACUACGACUAGCGCAGGCAGAAGACCGUUUGGAGACAGAGAAGAGACGGUCCAAACAAGCCUUGGAGGACAUGGAUAGUCUUCGUCAGAAAGAGGUGGACCAUGUGAAUCGCCAUCUAGAGGAGAGUGAGAGAGCUUUGCAGGAACGCAUCUUCAAGCUGGAGGGACAGCGAAUACAACUGGAGGAGGAAGUGAGCAAGGCCAAGGCAGCUUGUGUGACAGAGAGGUCCCAAGCAGAGGAGGAACUGGGCAAAGUUCGUGUUCAAAUCCGCCAGGAGCAGCAGGAGCACGUGGCAUCCUUGGAGGAGAAACUCCGCUCUGUCCGUCAGUCCCGCCAGGAGGUCCAGUCCCACUGCUCCCAGCAGAAACAGACCAUCGCAGACCUGCAGGCCAAGAACAGUCAGCAGAGCAUCGAGAUAGAUGGCUUUCGACGACGGAUAGAGGAGCUCCAGCAGGAGCUGUCAGGUAAAGACCAGGAGAAGGUGGCCGAGGUGAGCCGGGUGAGGGUGGAGCUGCAGGAGCAGAUUGGACACCUGCAAGCCGAGAGGACAGCACAAGGAGGACUCAAAGAGAAGAUCAGUGCUUUGGAAAGAGAGAUGAAAGUUCUCACCAGUAACCACCGAGAGGCGAUCCUCGACAAAGAGAGUGAGAUGUCCUCCCUGCUGGAGAAGCUGCGCCUGAGAGAGGCAGAGAUCCAGCGGAUGAGGGAGGAUGAGGCUCAGAGAGCCAGCUACCUGCAGAGCGCCAUCCUCACCUACGUUCAGGGCUCGCCGCUAGGGCACUACAGCAGUCCCAAAAAGUAACCCACAGACCUCAGCCAGCCAGCUCUGACCUCUGACCCCCCCUCACAUGACGCCUGGAAAUGUGUGGAAUAAACAAUAUGUUGGUUUCCUGGUCUCAGAACGUUUGUAAAAAGUCUGGAAAAUGAUGGAAAAAAUUCAGUCCCAACGUAGUGCAAACUCACACUUUUUUGUUUUUGGUUCAGGUCCUCUGUCAUUUUGCAUAGUGUAUCUGAUCUGAUAGAGAAUGAUCUUUAUAGACUGUAGAGGUGUGAAUCUGGGGCUUAAUAGAGGCUCAGUUCUAUUCACGAUUCAGUAGGAGGUGAUUUGGUUUAAAAAAUAUUUUUUUCUUUUCUGGAGUAAUUCAGUUCAGGUUUUUAAACCAUGAUUCGAAUCAAGGAUUCAGCUCAAGCACUGUUAACAAAAAAAUGUAUAUCCAUUAAAGAAAGGUGCAAGACAAUAAUUAAGAUAUAUGUCAGACUAAUGUCAGACUAUCCUUUUCUCUCUGAAAUUUGGAAAAGGAGAUAACAGAAUUACUCAAAUUAUUUAUUUAAAAAGAAAAUUCAAUUCGUAGUAAUCUGUAAGAUCACUAUUUUGACAGAAUCUUUAAAGACUUGAUCCAAGGUAUUUCAUACUGACUCAGGCUGAUGGAAUUCAUUCUCUGUAAUCUUUCUAGCAGAUUUAAGCAGUUUGAGGGGCAUGAAUGAAUCGUCACACCCCUAACAGACUGAUAUGGCUAAGUUAAUAGAAACUGGGCAAAAGGACUAAUUACAUCCUCACUGAAUAUCAAUCCAAAUGUCAAGAAAUGAAGGUCUUGAAAAUGUCUGGAGUUUUGAAAUCCACACCGUGUAGGAACCCUGUCCCUGUCUCCCUUUACUACAGCCCAUCCGUACAUGUUGACUGCUGGGACUCUGCUUCCCAAAGCCUGUCCUGGUCAAGUGCUAAUAUGCUGGAUAUCAUCUCAUUUAUAUAAUGUGCACCCCUCACCAGUGGUUCAGUCCGCUUCAAUGGCAGGAGGCUAACAGUUAGCAUUUAGAGCAUCCAGCCAGUCUCCAGCAUUCAGUAACAAUGAGAGGAAUAUUUUGUAGUGUAGUGAAAUCGUUUUUUUUUUUUGUUUUGUUUUGUUUUGUUUUGUUUUUUUCCCAAAAUGGGUAAAAUAUCCCUUUAACAAGUAGCUGGUACAAAUCAAAUCAGGUGCAAAAAAUACUGAAAAUAUUGGAAACAAGUAUGUCAUCCCAUUAGCCUCUUUUUAAUUUUUUUUUCCUGUUUUCUGAGAGAAAAAGGACUGAAUCUGCACCAUUGAACAUGGAAAAGAGGCAGAAAAAUCUUUUCAUAGCAUUUUUUAAUCCAAGUUGAGCUUCAAGUUGACAUUUUAUGUAGUAAAACUGGACAUUUUUCAUUCUUCCCUGAUCACAGCCAUAUGCAGAGGUUUUUGUAUGUGCUCAGAUCAUUGCAGGUGAAUGUCCUGGCCCAGGUCUUUACCUCUCACAGCUGAGAUGAACAACGCUCAAAAUACAAUCCAAUAUUCUUUCCUGAGUUUCCGUCCCAUUCCACUGACCCACUUCUUGUUCUUCUGCUGUACAUCCUAAUGAAAUAUGUAUUUUCAUACAACAGUGAUAAUACUCAUUAGACCUCAGAGCAGACAUUUGAUCCACUUAAGCCUUUACCUAUCAUUUUCUCUAUCAAACCCCCCCAAAAAAUAAGACAGUAAUUCAUCUUCAGCUCCGAUUUAUUUAGCAAUAAACCGAUUCACAAAACAUAAUUUGCAGUUUUUUGCAGUGACAUUUUGUGAAGAACUUAGUAAAUGUAACAGCUGAUGCAGUUUUUUU